GGAAGAAGCUCAUACUCACUCAGUCACUUGUUCUCUCACUUGCGCAAAGAUAAGGAAACAAUGUCUGUGUCAGCAAUCUUUGGCACCGGAAUCGUCACCGUCGCUGCUGCUUCUCCGGUUCUACGCCAAUUCCAAGUUCCGAAAUUGGGGAAUGGAGGAGGAGGAGGAUUAGGGAUGGUGAUUGAGUGUUCGUCGAGGCCACAGAAGAAAUCGACUGCGCAUCACAGGAAGUCGAGGCCGAAGAAGACUCAGCCUUGGGACGUUAAGAGAAAGCCUACUGUUUAUGCUCCUCUUCCUCCUCUUCCGGCGGAGUGGACUCCGUUCACUCUUGCUUCUGAUGACGGUGGUGCCGCCGCUGCUGCUGCUGCUUCACCUGCCGGAGAAUUGGUUUCUGGCGCUGCCUAGUUGGUUUGAGUUUAUCUGCUGGUUCGGUUGUAUUCUAGUUUGAGAGCUUUUGCUGUUGUUUGUUUCUGUUAAUGUGUUUUCAGUUUUCUGAUGUCUGUUUCGUCUUUUGGGAUUUGUGUUUUGGCUGGUGAAUGUAUGGACCAAACUGCAAAUUUUUAAAGGUUUAAGUUUUUUUCCUCUGUUU